CCGGGAUAUGAAUCAAUCUAUCAAUCUCGAUUGAGUAGUUUUCGUACUUAGACGUAUUAUAAAGAGUAAGGGAAGAAAUAUCACAUCGUUAAUUUUAUAUUUAAAAAGUAGAAAAUCUUAUCGGCAAAUUUAAAACUACAGUAGCUAUUCAUUUGGAAAUUAAUCAUAAUUUGGAUUAAAAAAAAAGUGUUCGAACGAUACGUCGUCGUUUAAAUAAAUUUGAUUAAAUGGAUCAAGCGGUACGGAAAAAACCAUACAUCUCGGAAAAAAAUCGACAAGAGAGAAUUGCAUUCGCCAAAGAACAUGUUCAUUGGACGUCAGAACAAUGGUCUAAAGUAAUUUUUACGGACAAGUCGAAGUUUAAUCGAUUGUAUUCUGAUGAAGAAACUUAUAUGGGACACUGCAUAGGAGAAGAAUCCAAAAAUAUUUGUACAAAAUCCACAGUCAAAGAUGGUGAAGGUUUUGUCUUUGUCUGGGGUGCAAUGAGUAUUAAUGGAACCGGUCCCAUAUACUGCAUAGAAGAAACCAUGAGCCGUUAUAUAUAUUUGAACAUACUUAAAAAUGUGUUACUCCCAUAUGCCAGCAAUGAAAUUCCAAAUGAUUGGAUCUAUCAGGCUAAUAAUGAUUCGAUACACAUCGCUCGCAAAGUAAAACGAUUUAUAAAAAAACAAAAUAUUACAAAAAUGAAAUGGCCAUCACAGUCUUCAGAUUUAAAUCCGAUGAAAAUGUUAUGGAUCGACGUUGACGAAUUCGUAAAACAACAAAAACCAAAAAAUUUAGAAGAAUUAUACACCGUUAUCCAAGAUGGUUGGAAGUCCAUAUCAAAAGAGAGAUGCAUUCAGUUAAUACAAUCUAUGCCACAAAAAUGUAGUGACGUUAUAAAACAGGAAGGUUUAGCAAUUACAUAUUAAUGUAUAAAAACUUACAAAUUAAAUAAAUAUUGUAAAAUAUGAAAAUUAUUUAUGUGUCCUUAAGUAUGCGUCUGCUUAAAAUAUUACACCGGAACUUAAACAAUUUUUUUUCUUAUUAAUAUUAGAAAGUAAGUCAAAGUUUUGUGACUACUGUAUGCAAUAGUGUUUACACUUACUAUAUAUGCAAAUGACUACUGUAUGCAAUAGUGUUUACACUUAUUAUAUAUACAAAUGACUACCGUAUAAUUGUAUCUAUUUUUUGUAAUUUGAUAAUAAAAAUAAAAAUUUUUUCAAGUGUCCGUAAGUAAUAUAUGGCGGGUACUGUAUAUGUUACCGU